AUGUCAUGUAAGUGCUCGCAGAGACAGAGGAGUUCAGAAAAGAUUAGAAGAUUGAGCUAGUACCUUUUCUUCAGAUUAACUCCCAGAAAUAAAAAGAUCUUGUGCGGAUAGAUCAGAAUACCUCUUUCUGAGUGAAUGGGCAGCAGGAAAAGGCAUGAAGUGAAUGUAUUCCUCUGCAAACAGACGUUAUACAGCACCCACAGUGAUGGAGAAGCUGGUGUUUUUGCUGGUGCUGUUCACAGGCUGUUCUGCUAAAUAUGAAGCAGAUCUCAAGGGGAAAGUUUUCACCUUCCCAUUGGUGUCCACUAAUUCUUAUGUGGAGCUCCAACCUGAUGUGGAGGGGUCCCUUUCAGCUGUGACUGUCUGCCUCAGGUCCUUUCCUGAUAACAAAAGAGCAAACACUCUGUUCUCCCUGGCUACCCCAUCACACAUGAAUGCUUUUCUGUUGUACCAACCUGAAAGAGGUGUGUAUCGAGUGCACAUCAAUGAUAUCAGUUAUGACUUCUUUGGGUUGCCAGACCAUCUAAAUAAAUGGAACUCUGUCUGCUGGACCUGGGAUUCUCGCACGGGAAUUACUCAGGUGUGGGUGAAUGGAAUGCGUAGUGUAAGAAUAAUGCUCUACGCUAAUGGUGUCAUAGCAGGAGCUCCCAGCAUAAUCCUUGGUCAAGAGCAGGAUACUUAUGGUGGGGGCUUUGACAAGGCACAAUGUUUCCUUGGAGAGCUCACAGAUGUCCAUAUGUGGAAUUAUGUCCUCACUCCCUGUGAAAUCAAUUCAUAUAUGAGUGACUUCUCAUUUACACCUGGGAAUGUUCUCAACUGGCAGGCAUUAAAUUACACAGUGCAUAGUAAUGUGUUUGUAGAAGAGAACCAGCCAUAUGGCUGUUAUUAGCAAAUGUCCAGGCUAAACAGUAUACAAGUCUUAUGAGAAACUAUAAAAGUCUCUUUCAAUAAGUAAGCUGCAUCUUUUACUGCUUUUUG